AUGGCUGGUAUCCUGUUGGAACACGAUGCAGAUGUUGAGGGACUGGACGAUGAAGACAACACUCCGUUAGUCAACUGCUCCGCCAUUGACAUUGCCAAGCUUCUACUCAUUCACAAUGCCGAUGCUGACGCACACAAAACCGGACAAACGGUGCUCAAUACGGCUACGAAGCGAAGAAGGAGUGAUAUGAUUACCCUCCUCAUCAAGGAAGGCGCGACGACUUGGUCUCUUGAUAGCGAGGCCGACAGAUUCAUCGAGAACCUGUUGAAAAAGCAUUUGCAAAGAAAGACAGGUGUGUUGUCUGAUGUCUUCCUGAUCAAGACGUAGCUUACAGAGUCUGAGUAGGUACCACUUUCGAGGCGAGGACACUGAUA